UACAGCGCCAUCUGUUAACUAAUCAUAUCGCUUACCGGCGCCUAGUUUCCGGUUAUGGCGACUUGCUGUUACAGUUCUAUCAAAUUGCUACAAGAAAAUACAGACGUCUCUUCGGCAUUGUGGACAGGUGCAAUAGUUUGAUGUGUUCUGGUCAUUUAUCAUGUUGGUGCUGGUGGCAUUUGGCCUGCUGCUUGGUGGUAUUGUGGUCGACAUGGAAGAGGAAUGUAACAGGGAAGGAACGACAGAUAAACAGUUAUUUAACUACAGCAGCAUUGUCCUACCAGAAGAACACAUUCCUUAUUUUUUGCACAAUAACAAGCACAUUGCCAACGCCUGUAAAGACGAUCUUCUUUGUCCAUUUAAAGAGUAUUUAAAGACAUCUAAAUCAUGCUGGGGUUAUGAGAAAGACUGUUUGCCAGAAAACAGAUUCAGCAACCCUGUGUGUUCCAGUUUGGAUUCAGGAUGGGCUAGUACAAUUCAAGCAGCAGAGGAUAUUUUCUGGAAGCAAGCUGACUUUGGCUAUGUACAAGAACGUCUGAAUGAAAUUAAAACCUUGUGUAAACCGAUCAAACCAGGAGAUUCUUCCCUCUCCUGUACCAGCUUCACCCGAUACUGCAGAGGAACAAACCUGUAUCUCGACCUCAGACAUCCGAGAAGAAGUCAUGACAGAUAUAAGGAGGAUUUUCUCCAAGCCGGUGAGAUUGGAGGGCACUGUCAACUUGACAAGAAGGCCCUCUUGUCUGAGGGAGAGCACAAGAGUCCACUGCAGUCUUGGUUUGCAGAACUGCAAACAUAUUCUGAACUGAACUUUCACCCUAUGGAUGAUGGCAAAUGUGACCUCAUUAUUGAAAAGCCAACCUUUUUCAUGAAAUUGGAUGCAGGGGUCAACAUGUAUCACCACUUCUGUGAUUUUGUCAACCUUUAUAUAACUCAGCACAUCAACAAUUCCUUUUCUACCGAUGUGAACAUUGUCAUGUGGGAUACAAGUGCUUAUGGAUAUGGGGACUUAUUUAAUGACACAUGGAAGGCCUUUACUGAUUAUGAAAUUAGACAUCUCAAAAGUUAUGACUCUAAAAGGGUGUGCUUCAGGGAUGCAGUUUUCGCGUUACUUCCACGGAUGAGAUAUGGUCUAUUUUACAACACACCACUAAUCUCUGACUGUCACAGUGCUGGGAUGUUCAGAGCAUUCUCCCAACACGUCCUACAAAGAUUACAAAUCGUGCAGGAAGGGCCUAAGGAAGGGAAAAUACGAGUCACCUUUUUAGCACGUAGUACAGAAUACCGGAGGAUUUUAAAUCAGAAUGAGCUCUUAAAUGCACUGAAAACAGUGUCUUUCUUUGAAAUACAAGAAGUAGAUUACAAAUACAAGGACAUUGGAUUUUUAGAGCAGCUUAAAAUAACACACAACUCUGAUAUUUUCAUUGGCAUCCACGGAGCUGGACUCACACAUUUGAUGUUUCUUCCUGACUGGGCUGUCAUUUUUGAACUAUAUAACUGUCUGGAUGAAUUCUGCUAUCUGGAUUUGGCUAGACUGCGAGGACUGCACUACGUGACUUGGCAGAAGAAGGACAAAGUUAUUCCUCAGGACAAGGGUCACCAUCCUACACUUGGAGAACAUCCUAAAUUCACAAACUACUUUUUUGAUGUGCAAGAGUUCAUGCGUCUCGUCCUUUUGGCAGCAGACCGUGUUCAGAAGCAUCCUAAGUGGCUCUUUAGGCAAAAACACGACGAGCUCUAAAGUGCACAAGACAAGAAGGAGAAAGGUCCUGAAAUGUUCAAGUUGUAAGAAAAUAAGUGGGUGUUUUUGAAAUUAGGAAUAAGUUUUGAGAUAAAUGGUAUUCUCUCUCUUUGUAUAUGCACACACACACACACACACACACACAUACUAGUAUACAUUAUAUAUGGACAUAUAGAUACAGAUUUUUCACAGCUUUACAGAUGGUUAUUGAGGACUCAUUUUAAUGGACCAUAAGAGUUCUGUAAAAUGAUGGCAAAGUCUCUUUAUUAUUGAGACAAUCCCAUUGUUUGGCAGUAUCUUACAGAAGUUUGCAUAGUGGCUCUCUAAUAUACAUAGCUGAUACAUAUCUUGCAGAAAUAGACCUGAAAUACUUGCAUUUAUAUUAUGUUUUGGAAAAUGUAAUUUUUUAUGGAUUUAGAGAAUUUAAUGUAUACAUAUUUAUGUAUUGAAAAAGGAAUGCAUAACAUAUGAACUUUACUGUCCCUUCUUAAUCAACCCUAAGUUGUUUGGACUUAUUAGGAAUAUUCAUAACAUUUAUGACGAGAUUUACUCUCCACUCCAAAAACAGAACCACUUCUUGAUGGAAUAAAAGUAGUGUCAGUACAUUGCAGCAGAGAAUUAGUUUUAUAAUUUUUCUGGCACUUUGCAGACUACAGCAGAAAAAUUGCACUAUUUGGAAAAAAAUAUUUUUCUUUAUUUUGUUUAAUAAUUAAAAAGUUAUACUUUAAAACACCUUAUUAUCCCCAUAUGAUAAGGAUACGUGGGUGGUGCUUGUACAUAUGUAUGUUACAUUUACAUAUCUAGUAACAAACAAUUGGGAUAAAACUAUUUAUCACAAAUUAUUUAAAGUAUCAUAAAAUUGGGAUGAAUUGUGCAAUCUCUCUAGAAUGUUAGCCAUUAUGAGAUUUAUGCACAACAUGAAUCUUUUGAACAUUUAAUCAUUAGAUGUCAGUAAGCAUCAUAAUGCUAUGUUUGUCUCUUUAAUGGAAUGUUCUACAACAGUAACAGGCAUGUGAUUCAUUCUGACUACUUAAUACAGUGAAAUUCUGUCUAAAAAGUUUUAUUUGAAAGGUUUAUAAUCAGGAAUAUGACGCUGUUUCAGUUGAACUGAAAAGCAGUUCAUAUGUAAUCAUUUUUAAGACUUUCGGAAAAGCAAUGGACUUUUCUGGAUUAGCCGUUUGUGUGAAACAAGUGGAUCAGCGCAUGAUCAAACUAAAUAACCAGAAUUCAAGUUUAAAACCCUUUCCAUCCUUUCUUCAAGCAGCAUUGCAUUAUUUGCACAGAAACAAACAGAACUGUAUGCGCCUCUGUAUUUUUUGCACACACUAUUUUAUUUACCCUUGCAUUCUUUAUAGAUAAAUUAAUAUGUUAGACAAAAUGUUUAGAAUACAUUGCUUUACCAUUCCUAAAACUUGAACUGUACUCUAGUUUGGUAUUACACCAGCAAUAAUGUUUUCAGAUGAUUGCCUAGUAUAUAUGACUUGUGAGGUCCUGUUUGGGUGAUUGACUAUCACUUCUCUCUUGAUCUUAUCCAGUAUAUUAAGGUGUGAUUUGUAUUGGUAUAUUUAUUUGUAUUUUAUGUUCAUAUUUAAAAGUUUAAAAUAUAUAUAAAAAUAUUAUUGGUGAAGUUACUUUUGUAGAGCCUUUUGGCAAUUAUGAAAUAACAUGUAUUUUAAGGUGAUUUAUGAGGAUUCUUACAUGGACAAUUAGGUGGGAGCCUAUAUCACUGAUUGCUGAACAAAGAAUAUUGCCUUUUUUCCCAAUGCCCUCAUCUCGUUAACCAUGCUGAGGCUGCAAAUCGUUAGCCUGCUGAAACAGCUGAUCAGCUGCAGUUUCUUACUUGAACAAGUUAUCAUUUUCUUUGCAACCCAUGUAAAACAUUAUUUUAUUGUUAUUUGUUGGAAAUUGUUGUCCUGUAAUUAAAACAAAGUCUUUCCA